UCCAGAUGCAGGGCGACGCAUUCAACAACAUCCAGCAGCAGUUCGGGGACGCGGUGUUGCCCAGCAACUGCUACAGUGGCAGCAGCAACAGCAACAACAACAACCUCGGCGGCGGCUGCAGCUACAACCCCUCCAUGCCUGCCCCUCCUACCUUCACGCUGCCUAUGUGCCAUGGACUAUCCUCAGAUGCGGACUAUUAUGGGCAUGUGAUGGCUCCCUGCUCCCCACCGGAGUCGCUGAAGCUCUGCAGCCCCAUGGAUCACAACAGCUACUCACCGCAGGACUCUUUCUCCUCCUCUUCCUCCUCCUGCUACGGCUCGCCCACCAGGAUGGAGUCCAGCUACCAGGGCUUUGCCCCAGAGCACUACCACCACCAGCACUGCAACCCCCAGGACUGUUACUGCCUGGCCCACUGUUGGCCAAGCCAGCAGGAGAGCUUCUCUGCCCCCGAAUACACACCUUACUUCAACCCCACAGACUAUCCAUACACCUGUCCUGUGGAAGAGGGCUAUUUCAAGAGGGAUUUGCAGAUGAGCUCUGAAAUGUGUUACAAUAUACUAUGAUAAGACCUUCAGCAGUACUUUUUUGUCUUUUGACUGUUAAUAUGAUUCUCUUCGAGUACUCAGUAAGGCUGUUUAGCCUGAUGGUCCCUUUUGCAUUUCAGUGUGCUCUUACUGGCUUGUGCUUUGGUGGAGUGAAUAUGACGAAUGCUGAAUGAAUGGAAAGUCUGAUAUUUUUCGAUCAGUUACUGUUUUUUUUACAACUUAGAUUUAUUUUCAU